AUGAAUGGUCUGAAAAGUGUUGGAGUUGAUUUACAAAAGUUUCAAGAUAAUUAUUGUACUGCUAUAGUAAGUCUGAAAUUUUAGAAAUAUUAUAAAAAGUAAAUAAAUAUUGUGCUGUGAUAUUUUGAAAUAUGAAUUUUCGUACUAAUGUUGAUAGUUUAUAUCUAGAAGAAUAUAUUACAUAAGUUUGGAUGAUAUUGAUCCAGAAUUUGGUAAAGAAAAAGCCACUGAGAUCAUGAGACGAUACGCGUAUGUAGCUGUGCAGUUAGAGGAUGUUUGUACAGAACUGGAAGACAACGCAGUUAAAAGUAUAUUGGAAAUGAAUGACACUAUGAGCGAUGAUGCCUUAGAAUUAGUCAAGCAUUCCGGUAUCUUAUAAUUGAUUUUAAUGAUAGUUUUUGAACAUUUUUGAUAACUUAAUUUUCAAUAUCUUAGUUCUUCUUGUAAUUCUUUAAAAGAAAGUUUAUUAUAGGUAACAAAAAUGUUGUUUUAGGUUCUAUUGGCAUAGAUUUGAGUUUGUUUAAUGAAAACAAUCGAUUGAGUAUGGAAAAAGCUUUAACAGAAGACAAGGAAAUAGAUCACAUAUUGAAAUCGUUUGAAACCAUGGGCAAAACAGGUCAAAAACCAUAUGCUUCGACUUUCCUGAAUCCAUUGAUGAAGAAGUUGAAAUACGACGCGCGGUAAGAAUACAAAAGUUUUUGAAACCUCUGUCUCAUUUAUUUCUUCUUUUGACAUUUACAAAACUUAAAAUUUUUAAGUUUUAAGUUUUGUGAAAUCUGUAGGGAAAUCUGUUGUAUUUUAUGUAGGUCUCCUCCGAUUAUGGAUGAGAAUAAGACGGUUACAGUGCGUGUUGGUAUUCAUGUCCAAUCUGUUUCUAAUUUCGAGUUAACGACCAUGGUAAGAAGCUUUUGAUUUUAAGACUUAGUUUAGAGCCUAAAUUAACUUGUGAUACAUAAAAUAAACAUACUUGCUAAAAACGUCAUAUUACAGGACUUUGACAUGGACAUGUGGCUUCGAAUGGCAUGGAGAGACCCACGUUUAGCUCAUGGUCUCAAUGGUCCCAUUUUGAUCACCGAAGAAAGUUAUUUGAAAAGACUUUGGAGACCAGACGCUGUUUUUGUUAACAGCAUGGAGAGCUUCUUUCAUCGUGUCACCUACUUGAACUUUUACAUAUUCGUGUUUCCUGAAGGGGAGGUGUUUUUUGAGGCACGGUAAGGAUCAUUAUAUUUUUUUGCAGUAGAAUAUAUUUUUACGUUUUGCAGUGUUUAUUUGAAGCCAAAGAGCCAAUUGGUAUUGUGCAAGUAUCCACAUGACUACCAAACACUUAUCCUUCGUAUUAGCUCAAGUAAGUCAAUAUAACUUUGACUUACAUAGGUUAACGUGCUAAAGUAAGCUAAUGUAAUUUUGAAAGAUAGCUGGGGUUGUUUGUUAUAAAAACUGGAAAAUGUGUUUACUUAACUAUCCUUUGUAUUCUACGGACUUUUUGACCAUUUUAUUAUAACAAACCUUUUUUAGUUGCAAUGACUGACGACACGGUACGAUUUCAAUGGUUUCCAAUCAAACGCGACGCUAUUCGAGUCAAUCGCAACAUUCAAUUGCCAGAACUCCACAUUACAGCCUAUGAGAGCACUACGUGUGAUGCCAGAAGAAAGACUGGUAACUACACCUGUCUUGAAGCCAGGUUCCAUUUGAAGCGAAGUAUCGGGUAUCAUAUGGCACAAACUUAUGUUCCUACUGCGACUUGUGUUGUGUUCUCAUGGAUUAGUGUUUGGUUGCCAGAAGAAUUCGUUGAAGGGCGGAUAUUUGUAGCUUUGACAGUGUUUUUGACGUUGAGCGCGGAGAGUAAUGCGGCCAAGGAUACGUUGCCUAAAGUGUCGUAUAUAAAGGUAAAAUAGAGAUUUUAAUGUUUUAGAUAUUGAUCUGACAUAUAAAAGAAAAAUGCGUAAACUAACUUGGGUUUUCUUGUUAUAACACUAAAAUUUGAGUAAAGCUAAGUAAUGAUUGUUUCGAUAUUGUUUUAGGCUAUUGACAUCUGGUUUGGAUUUACAGCUUCUUUUGUAUUUUCUACAAUGCUACAGGCUUUGAUUGUGAUUCGGCUGGAAAAUAUGAGCAAAGAAAAGGUGAGUUUUUACAAGAUUAAUAUGAAAGCAUAAUUGUGAAUUGAUCAUUUUGGCCUAGAGGUAGUUGGGUAGGGUAAACGACAGAUGAUAGUGGGGGAGUGUAAAAUACAGAUAUUGGGGGGAUAGAACAUAUUGUGGGUUGGGUAAAAGACAGAAAAUGCUUGAGAGGAUUGGAAGAUUGAAAAAUUUCUCAAGAUUUAAAAGUGCACGUAUUUUUAACAAAAAUUUUUUGUUCCAUAUUUUUUGAAUUUUUGGUCGAUUUAAUUGGCUUUCAAGAAUUUUUAGCACCUCCCCUUAAUUGGCACUUUCGAUUCAAAAUUUAAACCUUAAAAUGAGUUUCAAGGUCUUGGUUAUGCAAAAUUUUAUAGUAGGGGUUGUAAGAUGGAAAGGUACAGCAUUUUUUUUAAUUCACGACGUUCUUUAAGCCAUAAAAAUGUUUUUAGAGAAAGUUAGUAGAAAAAGACAGUGCCUCAUUGGGUGUGGAUAAGACUGUACGAUUGUUGAUUGAAAGUAAACGACUACACAAGCUCAGUAGAUGGUUGGACGAGUUUUUCAAAGUGAUGUAUCCAGUUAUCUUUUUGAUAUUCUUAUUUAUAUACGCGUUUGUUGUUAUUCAAGGGGAACCAACUUGUGUUUGA